CGUAUAUAUUUUUGUUAUAAAUUUUUCAAAUAGCCACGGAAGAGAGGGAGUUGGAGAGGCUAAAAACACAAUGGCGCCGAACGACACUCGCCGUCCCUACAAGAGACCGGCAAUCUCCGACCAGCAGAGACGCCGAGAAAUAUCGCUGCGGCGCCAAGAGCAGAACCGUCACGAAGCUCAGCUGCAAGCGCGCCGUUUAGCCACCACCUUCUUUUCUCUUCCUUCCCAAACUGCCGAAGAGACCUCUGUUCCUCCUGACAUCGAGCUCGUAUCUGAGCCCCAACCCGAUUCCCAACGCGAAAUCGAAUCCGGGUCCUCUCCGACGGACCUCCAUGAUUUCGAUUUCGAUGUUCGUGAUGCUUCGAAGCUCAAAGGCCCGGAGGCCCGGAAGUGGUUUGCGAGGCAGCUUAUGCUCCCUGAGUGGAUGAUCGACGUUCCUGAUCGAUUGCCCCAUGACUGGUAUGUAUUUGCGAGGCCUGCUGGGAAACGAUGCUUCGUUGUUUCGUCAAAAGGAACGACCAUCAGUAGGCAACGGAAUGGUUUUGUGCUUCACCAUUUUCCAUCUGCUCUACCCAAUGGAGCUAGGACCAGGGACGUUUCUGGGUCCGGUCAGUCAUAUUGCAUACUGGACUGCAUUUUUCAUGAGAUGGAUCAAACUUACUAUGUUAUUGACAUGCUAUGCUGGCGGGGUUACUCUUUAUAUGAUUGCACUGCGGAGUUCAGGUUUUUUUGGUUGCAAUCUAAGCUUGCUGAAACCGGAGCUUUUGAUCCUCCUUCCCAUUACCAUAAAUACAGGUUCAGUUUGGUUCCUGUAUACCCAUGCGAUCAGAGUGGUCUACAUGCGGCUUAUUCAGGAGCAGUGGCUUAUGUCAAGGACGGUCUUUUGUUUUAUAAUAAGCAUGCACAUUAUCAACCUGGAAAUACACCACUAGCAUUGGUUUGGAAGGAUGCGAAUUGUAGCCAAUAUGUUAUCGACACAGAUAAUAAAGGACAGGUCCCAAGCCAACAACAGGCAGUUCUGGAGCUGCAAGAUGAUGGCAAGCUGACAACAUCUGAUGAUCCUCCUGUAGAAUUUGGCUGCUUAGAUUUGGAAUUUACACAGAAGUCUGGGCUGCAUGCUGGAAGUCUUCUACGCUUUUCUAUUGGUGAUGGAGGAUUGAGUAUUGUGGAUGGGAAGCUUGUGAAGGCUGAUUUACAAUACCUUGGCAAAGUCAAUCGUGCUCGUGCUUUUGCUGAUAGUUACUCCAAGGUUAUGUUUCAGUAUUCUGUUCGGCAUUCUCCUCUUAGAAUCGAUGAUCUGGUAGCAUCAAUUAGUUCAUCAGAUCAUGAAGGAAAUGGACCUCCUGAUGUUGAGAUGGAUGGUUGAUGGUAACGGGAACAUUAGGUAUGGGAUUGAUAAUGGGCAGCUCUCGUUUUAUAUGGCUGAAGACUUUCUUUACUGGAUUGUUAGUGCUGAUACAAUUUUGUGUAUAGUUUUGCUUGUAAUUUAUUAUAUAUAUUUUUUUAUAAGUUUUUAUGUUGCAGCAUCAGCGUUGCUGAAAUUGGUCAGUUGUGUACCAGCUUUUAUAUGGUAAAUUUCUCUUGGUGGUUGUGUACUGGGUUACUAUUACUGAAAUUCCAUCUCAUUUUAUUGAAAACUAUAAGAAAGUUGCAAUCCGUUCUCCAUCA